CAAGGGAGUGGCCUGGAUGACUGAAAAUGGGACCCACCUGGCAGAUCUGCUAAUUGCAAGCCCCACUAUAUAUUGGUGCAGCAAAAGCUGCAAAACCCCACCACUCUCUUUCUCAGAUUCUCAUCGCCUUUGCUUUUCUAGACAGAAAAACCAGAAUCAGCAGAAGAAGAAAAGCUAUAGUCACGGCUUCAAUGGCGAUAGGCUCCGGAGGAUCGAGUAUCGUUGUUCCUCGGAACUUCAGAUUGUUGGAGGAGCUCGAACGCGGUGAGAAGGGUAUUGGAGAUGGUACAGUUAGCUACGGAAUGGAUGAUGGUGAUGACAUUUAUAUGCGUUCUUGGACGGGUACCAUAAUUGGUCCUCACAAUUCGGUGCAUGAAGGUCGUAUCUAUCAGUUGAAGCUCUUCUGUGACAAGGAUUAUCCAGAGAAGCCUCCAAGCGUUCGUUUCCAUUCACGGAUCAAUAUGACGUGUGUGAACCAUGAGACCGGAGCGGUAGAAUCGAAGAAGUUUGGCAUGCUGGCAAAUUGGCAACGCAAAUACACCAUGGAAGACGUAUUGACACAACUGAAGAAGGAAAUGGCAGCACCCCACAAUCGGAAGUUGGUCCAACCACCUGAAGGUACCUACUUCUAGUCUUAGUAGGUGACAGUGGAAGCUAACUUGCACCAUACAUAAACAUGAAUGAAAUAUAUUGUGGUAACGACUGCAUUAGUCUGAUGAAACUAUAAGUGGGCCCCACAAGGGCACCUUACAAGCUUCAUUGAUCUCACUUUCCAUGCCAAACUGUGUUGAAAGAUGCUGUGCUUUGUUGAAUUACUGUUUCUUGUGUGGCAUAUUAAAAAAAAAAAAAAAAAGAAAAAAAGAACAAAACUAUAUAUCUAGAAAGAAGGGUUUGUUCUUCC